AUGGACACCCUGUACGCGGCCAGGGUGCACGGAAAAUGGCCAGAGUCGAUCAAUGUGGAGAAAACAGAGGUCGAGUUCGACACUAGCAAAGAUGAAGCGGCGGCCGCGACGCCGGCCGAGGUGAGGGCGUCGACCUCGAAGCGCGAGGCCAAGUCGGACGUCUGGGCGUACUUCCAGAAGGGCGACCUAACCGCGAUAUGCAAUUUGUGCGGCCGAGAAGUGCGCCACGGAGGCGGCACCACCAACGAAUCGGUGGUUUACUUCGAGGUUGAGGACCAGAUGAGGUUGGUGGGCAACGAGCCUCGGGCGUACUUCAUGGUCAACGAAGAUGGCACCGUGGAGAAGGCUCCUGCACCCCAAGCCAUGUCAUCGGGCAAGCCGAUUCUGGCACGAAUUUCUCCCAACUGUCCGACCAUUCCCAUGUACGUCGCUGCCCACUCUGAAUUCCGGCUGGGUCUGCGCUGCCGAUCGCCUCAGGUGCGCCUCCGCGGCUUCACCAUCAGCACCCAGACAUGCGACCCUUUCUUCUUGGCAAAUAUUCCGGGAGCCGCAGAAUGGCGUCCCCAGGAUGCGACGUAUCACGAGAGUGUCCGUCUUAUUGUGGAGGACGGAUUGCGGGAGUUGUUGGCCCUGGACUGGGAGGCCGAAGUCCCGUACGACGCAAAGGCCACUGUCGAGCUUGAGCAGCCUCUGCGCUGUGAAGGGCGCCACCUCGAGGUGGUCCUGCAGCUGAAGAAGGCUGGCUAUUACAAAUUCUACGACACCUCCAGCCUGAAACGCACCGAGGGUCUCGUCAGCAUCAAGUUUGCCCGAGUAGACUUGGCAGACCGCACCAUUUUUAAGAACAUUAUCUUCUAAUCUUUAAAGAUAUA